AGUCUCUCUCCCUCUCUCCCUCUCUAUCUCCCUCUCUCUCUCACUAUAUAUAUGUGAGGUUCAGUGAUACAUCCAUUCACUCCUCUCUAUCUUCUUGGAAUUCUCCGCUCUAAAAUAUUUUCUCCUUUCUGUUCUGAUCUUACACUUUUCACUGAGGAAUUCUCCCUCCUCCUCAGAUAACCAAAACUCAAGAGAAAAUGAAGAAAGUGGUGCUUAAAUUGGAUUUCCACGACGACAAAGGCAAGCAAAAGGCCAUGAAGACAGUCUCUAGCCUCAACGGGGUUGAUUCAAUUGCGAUGGACAUGAAGGACAAGAAAUUGACGGUGACAGGGGACAUAGAUCCAGUGACGGUGGUGGCUAAACUGAGGAAGCUCUGCCACACGGAGAUAGUCACGGUCGGGCCGGCGAAAGAGCCGGAGAAGAAGAAGGAGGAGCCUAAGAAAGAGGAGCCCAAGAAAGCAGGAGGAGAUGACAAGAAGAAAGAUGAGGCUGUGAAGCUCCAUCAGAUAGCCUAUCCCAAUUACUAUUACCAACAAUAUCCCCAUGCCAAUCAUCCUCCCCCUUACAUGCAGCACCAGAACUAUUACAGGAUUGCAGAAGAAGACCCCAAUUCUUGUGUCAUUUGCUAAUUGGCCAAUAUGAAAAAAGUUGGGUGAGAAAAAGAUAAGUAGUUGGUGAUAUAUAAUAUAAUGUGUUUGGGAAUCAUUUUGGGGUACUCUGAGGGGUAGAACCCAAAAGGGGAGUUUCCGUGUACAGUAAGCAGUGGUGUGCUCACUUAAUUAAACUUCGUUUAUUUAGUUUUGUUCUAAA